AUGGCAACAAACCACGUCUCACUGCCGCCUUCGCUAGAAGACGCCAGAAUACAUGGCCUGCCGUCUGCGGCUUAUUAUAUUCCUGACUUCAUCAGCGAGGAGGAGGAGCACUUUAUCCUCGGCAAAAUCGCUGGUGCUCCGAAGCCUAGGUGGAAACAACUCACCCAUCGCAGACUACAAACCUGGCCGUCCGACCUUGUCCAGAACAGAUUGCUUGACUCUCCUCUUCCUGAGUGGCUCGAAAAUCCAGUUGUGUCCCGAAUCUUGUCCAUCUCCGCUGUCAAACCCGAGCCCGGCCCCGAUCCCGGCCCCGACCACGAGCCAGAACACAUCUUUGCUCAAAGCCCGCAUCAACGGCCGAACCACGUCCUCAUCAACGAGUAUCCGCCUGGCGUAGGCAUCAUGGCGCACAAGUUAAGUAUUUAG